AUGGCGUCGCACACCCAGAGAGGUGCACGUAUCUACAGCGUACUUGAUGAUUUCUGUGGCAGUGACGAUUCGCCACUAACCACGCUCUGCGCUUACUUUGCGUGCUUAUUGGCCACCCCGCCUAAGACGCUUGGUGACAUGUUCGCAUUUUAUUACAACUUCUUGAAUGAUUGGUGUGGCACGAAUCCUGAACGCACAAGGCUUCGGGAAUUGCCGUAUGCCGACGCUGUAAAAGAUGCUAAUUUCAAAAAUGACGACAACAGAUUGGACAUUACGUCAAUGUUCAAGAGCGCUUCCCAUGAAUAUGUCCCUGCCUCUACCCAUAUGAAGGGUGACCUUUUCACUCUUGUUGGUUGCAACCCGAAACAUGUUCCAACAUUACCUUGUGGACCUUACUUGCAGCCGUUGUCAUUAUCUAUCCCCUCCAUGUUCUCUGAGACGAACGCCGAUAAAUAUUUGUCCUGGAUCGUUUAUUUGACCGAAACGUUCUAUGACUUGCUGUCUAAGUUACUGGCUGAUUGUAAGAGCAAAUGCGGUUUGCCGCAAUCCAGAUGCAACCAGUAUAGAUGCAUUAAGAAUUGUCCUGCCGCAACGUCAUCUACAAAGACGCCAUCCCCGACUCACAGUGCAGGAUGUAAAUCAAUUGUACAGUGUAAGUCGGCCCUUCCUAAUUUGUACAAAUACGGGUUUCAUUUCCGCAGUGCAACGGUCCUGAACCGUACGUAUAAAGAUGAAGAAAAAAGGACUGCUGACCAAAAUGGUGACCAACGUGGUGACCAACGUGUUGACCAACGUGCUGACCAAAGUGUUGACCAACGUGGUGACCAAAGCCAUGACCAACGUGGUGACCAAAGCCAUGACCAACGUGGUGACCUAUGUGCUGACCAACGUGGUGACCAAUGUGAUGACCAAUAUGCUGACCAAGCACCUGACCUAAGUGCUGACCAAGGUGCUGACCAAAGGCAUGCCCAAAGUGGUGACCAAAGGCAUGACCAAAGUACUGACCAAAGGCAUGACCAAAGUGGUGACCAAAGGCAUGAACAAGGUGCUGACCAAUGCCAUGACCAAGUUGAUGGUCACGGCAGCGAUGACAUGGUUACGGCAGCGAUGACAUGGUCACGGCAGCGAUGA